AUGGGUUCAGAUAACGGAGAAUCUGUUGAUCAAUUCGCUAUCCUCACACCUCGAUUGGUCCUUGUUCCCACCCCAACAGCAAUCUCCUUCAAUUCAUACCGGGCGCUUUAUUCCGACCUACAUGCAAAUGUGGAGUUCUGUCAAAUGGGUUUCGGGCAUCACUUUCCAGCCAGGAUAUGGAGCGAUAAGGAGACGCAUGAUGUGAUCCAGACGCGUGAUAUUGAGCGUUGUUGGCAAAGGCGCGGGUUGGGUGAUUUUGCUGUGGGGUGGCGCGGACCAUCCACAUUCGAGCCUGAUAAUCACUCCACACAAAAUGACGAUUUUGCUACGCUCAAAGGCGAUGACUAUCUUCGGGUUGCGGGCCUCAAUAAUAUCGAUCUCGCUUCCUCCGAAUGGGUCGGGUAUGCAGGUCUCCGUGAUGCCACAACAACCUCGAUGCCGUUACGUGUUCCUGGAGAUCCUGCGCUGCCAUCGUGGGUCGAAAUGAUUGAGCUUCGAUACGGCGUCUCGCCGAAGUUCUGGGGGCAAGGAAUUGCACAGGAGGCAUCCAAGGCGAUUAUGCAGUGGUCUGUCGAUGAAAGAGGGAUCAAAAGAUUCAUCGCCGAGACAGAGAGAGAAAACAGCAGAAGUGCAAAGUUGUUGCAGAAACUCGGUUUUACGCCGAGUGGCACGGAUUAUUGGAAAGAACUGAGUGAGGUUGAGUGGGAGCGCGCUGCUAAAUGA